UUUUCAUAAAGAUUCAGACUCCUUUGUACGUGGCACGUCGGAUUCGAAGCAACGCCGUUUACAAUGAAAGUCUGCUACAUUUAACGAAGGUCUGGACAAAGAAACAAGAUCGUGGCCCACGCACAGCGUCACAUUCCCCGCACACGUUCCGCCAGCGUUUGCAGGAAAUGUAAAUGGUCCGCUGACUUGCUUGAGACGGGUUCUCCGUCUUCUCCUUCCUCUGUCGACAUUCAAAUUUGCAAGGGACUACUGAAUGUCACACUUAAGUGACGCACGGAUAGCGACAGUGCAGUCCCAGGUUCACCAAAAUGCGGAAGAGGUGUCCUCGCUGCCUUCUUCCCCAGACCAGAUCGUCCACGAGGAACAUGCCCCAGCUCCUCCUCCCCAGGUUUCUCCAUCUGAGGCAUCUCACUCGGACUCUGGAUUCAGUUUAUCAUCUAGCUCCUCCGGGGAGGUUACUGGGACUCCCUUUGAUUUCGGGACACAACGUUAUGAAUACCCCUUCCCUCCCACCCAAGGUACAUCAAGCGAUCCGUUUUUACCACUUUCCUCAUCAAUUACAAUCACAUCUCCAUCCAAUUCCAUCUGGCCUUUGUGGCCUACACAAGUCACAAAAUCUUUCCCUCUCACUCCCCCUACCCCCAGAAAAGUCAGGACCCAUCCAAAGUUGCGGUCUGUGGCUGCGCGAGAACCACCCGUUCCACCUAGCCUGGCAAAUAAACGGAGUUUCUGGAGCCUAAGCCUCCAACGCCAGACCUCUGCAGAAAGUCAACAGAGCGACCUUGGCGACAUCCAAACACGCGGCCGGAAGCUUCUUCCUGGUGGUGUGGGGUUUACUGAAGCAGACGCCUACUCCGCGUCCGAUUCGGAAAUCACUGUGCGCCGUCGUCAGCCUUCUGCAUAUGCCGUGUAUGCUUCUAGCUCUAGGAUGGAUUCAAGCGAGGGAGUAGCCAAUCAAAAUGGGCUGAUGACAUGUGGCGGUCGUGCACCGGAAGUACCGGUUGCAGGUGCACCAGCUUCUGGUCCUGGGCUCAAUGGUGGCCAUAAUAAACUUGACCUGCGGCCAGGAAAUCCGCCAAAUCGGGGCAAUGUACCAAGCUCGUCUGUCGGCGAGGUUUUAAGAAUAGUCGCUGGUCGACUUUUGAAUUGGGUUUUACGCUUUUUCUUGGGUUCUUAAGGUCCUGCCGGAGGACAUAGUUAUCAGUACUUCGAUGCGACA